UCCUCAAAAAUAAACAGCAGUCAUAAAUUUUCAUUUUUGGAUCAUUUUGAGUUUGUUAGUGUAUAGAGUGAGGGCUACAUUUCCUGGAAAAUGGAGUCCAAAAUCGAAUAACUAGGAGCUCAUACUUGUGAUGCCUUAUAUGUAAUCCAGUGCAGCCCUCACUCAAGGUCAACAAUGUCAAAACGAGGCACUCCACCACGACCUCCUGCUCCAAAAAUUUCAAGUGACAAAAAAAGUAGCAGUUUGUCCUCAAUGACAAUCAGAUUCAAUGCAGCAGCAUAUGAGGAUGAUGUUGAUGAUUUUAACACAGAAACCCCUGGUUUGAUCGAAAUAGCCACUGCUGCAUCCGAAUCAGAUGAUCUGAUUGCAAAGGAAUCCAAAGGGAGCUCUCCAGAAAAAGAGGAGAAAUCUUUCUUCGAUGGAAUCAAAGAACGGAUCACUGAUGCACCCCUUUAUAGUGUCAUAACUAAGAAAUUAGAAGAAAUUUCUGGAGAUUCAAGUUCAAGCCCGGAAGAGGAAAAAACAAAUUCUGAUCAACAAAAAGAUUUUGAAACUGCAGUAAAGGCUCCUCCUAUCUCUAAAGCACAGUCUGUGGAUAUAGACCAUCCUUCAAUAAAAGGUAACAUUGAAAAACCACUGAAAAAAACUCGAGCUCUGUCAUUUGAAUCAAGUGGUCACGACAGUUUCAGUUCAUUCACUGAUGUAGAGAAAUCAUUUGAAAUAGUGGAUGAUUUCUUCGCCACUGAUACUAAGGAGUCCACUUUACAUAAACGAUCUUACAGUGGAGACCAUAUUUCUAAAUUUAAAACUCCCGUGAGAACUGAAAUUUCAAUGUCUUCUUUGACAUCUCAAGAAAGUAUGGAAGAAACUGGAGAAGUUUUUUAUGAAUUAGAUUCAGGUCUAAAACAGGAUGUGCCAAAACCAGACAUUCCGAAAGAGAUUGACGUAAAAAAAGAAAAUACAGAUUUACCGCAAGCAGUUCCAAUACAAAAAGCCAUAGGUGUUGUGAUAUGUUUAUUUGUCUAUUAUAUCGUACCAUUCCCAACAUUCCUGUCUGGUGCAAUAUUUGGUGCCUUUUUGGUUUGGUGUGCCUGGUGCAUUCAUGCAUGGCUGAAUCAAGCUUCCACCCCUAAGGAGAAGUACGAACUUCCAGAUCUUAGAACCCUGCCUCCCCUUCAAGUUCCUGAGAUGAAACAUGCCAAGAAUAAUGAUGGAAAAUUUAAGGGAUGGAUGAAUGAGCUGUCCAGCUAUACAAUGGAGGAUUACCACAUCAAUCAAACCAACUCUGUUUUUGUCUCAAUAGAGGGCACUGCCCUCCGACUCCAGCGCCCGCGUCACAAUGUCCCAAAACGUGCAAUGUGGGAUGAGGAACAUUACAACCCAGUGUUUAUUCAUCAACGAUUUUAUGAUUUAAAAAAUUCAAAAAUUACUUUAUUGCCACCCGGUUUAGUAAAAAAGCGAAUCUGGAGUAAGAAAUACCCGAUUGUUUUAACAAUACCAGUGGUGCCCUCACAUCAGGGUACAUCUGUUGACAGUGAUGAAAAUAAUGAUGCUUCCAGAACUGAUGUGACAUUGUAUUUAUUUGCCCGAACUGGUCGAGAGAAAGAAUUAUGGUAUAGGAGGCUUGAGGCAGCCUCUAUGAGUUCACCUCUUCCUACAUGUCUUCCAUCUUUAAAACAGCUGUCUUUCAUGCAUACUAGUCAUUCAGAUCCUCGGUUCAACCAUGCAACACCAUAUAAGCAUAAGCGGCAAGGUUCUACAGAUUCUACCACCUCGGUAGGUUCUGGAGGUACGGAAGAGACACUUGAAGUUGAAAACAAGAUACCUCCUGCCCCCGAGGAUCCAAAUAAGCUCCUGACAGAAUAUCUAAGGUAUAUGUCGAAAGUGAUGCCGUCUGAUGAAUCCAAAGUGCUCAGUGAAUGGAAGGCGCAGAUGCUUGGCUGUGAACCUAACAUGUUCUGCUUCAAUGCUCUUAUUUAUAGAACAUUCUGGGACUUUCUUCGUGACGGCUACUGGCAGGAGAAAAUGAAGGAUAAGAUAAUCAGGAAGCUUGACAAGAUCCAUCUACCAUUUUUUAUUGACAAGCUCCUAGUAACAGAUAUCAACCUUGGUCACGAAAUGCCAAUUAUACGACGAAUGUCCAAGCCUUAUAUAGAUGAGCAGGGUCUUUGGAUUGACCUUGACCUUGCUUAUAGCGGGGGAUUCCAGAUGACAUUAGAGACAAAGGUGAACCUGAUGAAGCUAAAGAAACAGCCAGGAAGUGUCCCUGAAGAUGAUGAGGUUGGUACACCAUUGGACAAAAGGUCUCCUAUCACUGAUUCAGAAGAAGAGGAUUCUGCUGAAAGCUCAACUGAUGAAGAGGAGGAAGAAAAUACAAUAGAACAGCCAGUAGACAAUACAGCCAACAAUGAGAGAACGAGUAAAAAACUGCUCCGUAUCGUCGACAAAGUGACCGCAUCGAAGUACUUCCAACAGGUCACGGACAACAAGUACAUCAAACGUGCGAUGGAGAGUGUUUCGAAUACGCCUCUCAUAAUGACAGUGGAGUUAAAGAGCCUGGUUGGGAAUCUAGCAAUCAAUAUACCCCCUCCACCAUCUGAUCGCUUGUGGUAUGGAUUCCGCACAAAUCCUCGUCUCUGGCUGUCAGCAAAACCGAAGGUUGGAGAGCGUCAGAUAUCUGUUUCUCAUGUAACUGAUUGGAUCGAGAAGAAACUGGCCACAGAAUUUCAGAGACUGGUAGUUAUGCCUAACAUGGAUGACCUGGCGAUCCCUCUGCUUGUGUCUGGCCAACCCAAUGUGCCUCCUGCAGUGAACAAUGAUGCUUCAACACCAACAGAAUCUAUUGCAUCAUGAUAGACAUUUAUCAGUGCUAUGUUAUGAACUUAAGGGUAUAGUAAUGUAAAUAUGAAUUACUAUGCCUCUGUGAGAUGCAGUCUAUUGGGGGAUGAACUUGCAGGCUCCUGUAGCAUGCCCUUCUGGAAAAAAAUUUGCUUCUGCUUUGGGAAAUCUGACUAUUUCUGGUUUCAUAGGUACAUCCUUUCGUACUUGGUAUAUCUCUGGUGCCACGCUCACACAUGUUCUAGAUACAAAGGUGUGAAGAACCCACUUUUAAUAAGAGAGUCCAUCAGUUUUACAUGAGCAAUGUUCAACUAAGAGAAUGCACAUAACAUGGUGCGCCAUAAAAAUAGCACACAUAAUGUUAAUACCAGGGUGUUUGAUAAGCACCAGAACAGAUACACCGAGCCAAGUCAUUUUCACAUUUAUAGAAAUUAUUACAUCGUUCUGGUUCCUUUACAAUUUUGUCCAGUAGAUUCGGAAUUUUAUAAAGCAAAAUGAUGUCACAAUGUCUUAAAUAAAAUCCAGUGCUGUUGUUUACUCCGGAGACACCUGGUGUCAGUCCAGUCUAAGCUUCAGCUAUUGUUGAUUUACUCAAAGCUCUUAAGUUUGAGCCUAGAAGCCAAUUAAUUGUGAUUCCUUAGAAAGAGUUUUCUCAUUUUUCACAUUUUUUUUCACUUGCAGUUACAUUUUGCACUCCUACAGUUACACUCUGCAUUCUCAUAAUUAUUACACUUUAUAUUUAGUUCCACUUUGCACUCCUGUAGUUACUCGUUGUUCUUAUAAAGUUCCACUUUGUUAACUAAAUGGGCAUCAUAAAGGACACUCAACAUUUUUGAUGAUGUAAGAUCCAUUCAAUUGUUAAUUGAAGACAACGUUUCAAGAAAAGUUUUAAUUAGAGUGUUGUUUUAAAUGACUACAUAUUGUAGGCCAGUUUGAGACUGAGGAAUACCAUCUGUGGCUCAUCAAAACGUUGAGUGUCACAUUUUGAUGAAAACCCUUUUAGUUUACAUAAUACAUGCAAUAAUACAAGUGCAUGUACAAUAAUAAUGCAUACUUUUUGCCAAAUUCAUUGCUUAAUCUUAACUUCUAAUUUAGCUCUUUCUUAAUUUGUAGAUGGUAGAUUUACUUGGGAAUCCUUAUCCUAAUCCUAGCUUCAUUCUCUUGUUUUGUGUAUGGCACUGUAUGUUAUGUUCUUUCAAUAGUUUCUUAUUUCUGCAUUUUGGUUCUUGAAGUGAUAUAUCAAUUUAAAGCAUUGCCUUAUUUUAUUGUUUAUUAAUAUAUUUACAGCGUAUUGUGGUAAUGCCAAAUAUGGAUGACAUUGUUAUUCCAUUACUGCGCACAACACCAUCUAAUGGCACGGGUGUGGACUAAAUAGUUUAUGGAGAUUAAAGUCUUUGAAUAACACUUGAAAGCUGUCUCAAGUAUUUUUCCACUCUUUGCUUUAACCUUAAAACCUUAAUACUGGUACUUAAAACUUUUUGUAGUUAUAUUUCAUGGCAGCCAUUUUGACAAAUCUGAAGUUUGUAAAAUAAACUACCGAGAAAAGUAGUACUGAACGUAUAUAGACUAAAGUCCCCGUUUUUUUGGUACAGAAAUGACAUUUUAGAAAAACUAUUGUAAUUGCACAGAUAAUAGUGAAAACUAUAACAACCCUUUUGACCAAUCAAAAUUGAGUAUCAAGAUUGUUGUUAUCUAAAAACCUGAUUGCCAUGGAAUAUUCUAACUUCCUCAGUGUGGUAGCACAACCUAGUUAAGAGUCAAGUCAAAAAAUUACGGAUAAUUUUCAUGAAAAGUGCUUUUACCUCAUUGCCAAAACAUAAUUUUUUGUCUAUUGACGAAAGUCAUUUUUGACUUGACACUUUGGCAUAUGCUUUUUUCAUAUCAUGUAGCAGAUUUAUUACUAAAACACAGCCCCAAAUGCUUGGAUUGCACUGUUAAUAUAACAAAUGUCUCAUCAAACAUAUUUAUAUAUGAUAAUAUUCUGGAAAAAUUGAAUAUGAUUCAUGAUCUGCAAUAAGAAUGUGAUAUCAGUUCUUUAUUUUGUAUAUUUGAGAUACACAAGGAGGGACUGAAGUUCCCAUGAAUAUGUUAUCUUUUUCUAAAUGCUUUUUAGUCUUAAUUGUACAGUAAAACCUGUAUAUCUGAAUCCCUCUGUAAUCUGAAUACCUCUCAAUAUGAACACUUUC